AUGAAAUCUAAAAAACGCCACCAUUCUUCGUCAGAAGAAUCCGAUGAAGCAAAUGAAAGUGUAAAAUCAAGCAGUUCAUCUGAUAGCGAAAGUGAUGACUCUUCUGUGUCGGAGCACCGGUAUAAGAAGAAAAGAAAACAUGCCGAAUCCUCGGAUUCUGUGAGUCAAUCCGAUGAUCAAAAACGCUCUAAAAAACGUAAGCAUAAGAAGAAAAAGAAAAAACAUGGAAAAAAGAAAAGGCGUUCGGAAUCCGUAGAACGUGGUUCUGUCGAAAAUGUUUCGUCUUUGAGUGAGGGAGAAAUUACUUCAAAAAAGAAAAGAAAACAUAAGCAUAAGCAUUCAAAGCGUGCUGCUGAUUCUUCUCCGAGUGAAGUGGAAGAACAUGAACCUCGUUUGCAUAGUGUUGUAAAAGAGCGUAGAGUAUCCUCCGAAGAGGGAAGCCAACCAUCUCGGACAUACUACCAGAAGGAAUAUAGACGCUCAGCAUCGGUUGAAAAUUAUGAUAGAGAACGUGAAGUUCAGCGUUUUUACCGAGGGUCCAGUAAAGAGCAUCGGCUUCCUUAUCCAGAGCAAUAUGGAUAUGAAAGGGAACGAAAUGAGAGAUUUGUACCAUAUCAAGAUAAAUAUGAUAAAAGCAGAGAAAGAUAUGGUCAAAGCAUGCCUUAUAAUCCUAAUGCUGAAUAUAACAGAAGACAUAAGGAAUUUGAUGAAUACAAAAGGAAUCCCAAAUACGACGAGCGUCGAUUCGAAGAGAAUUACAACAGAAGGCAACGAGAAGAUGCAUAUCAUUCAAGAGAAGAUCCACGAGGUUAUAACCGUUAUAAUCAAUACGAGGAGAGAGCACCACCGAAGCGACGUGAAAUGGGUGACGGCAGAGAUUAUCGAGAAAGACGCGGUCCGCCUGAUGUCGAGCGUUACCGCGAGAGAGAAUAUACAGAAAAAAAGGAGAGAUAUCGUGAAGACAGAUAUUCAGCAGAAAGGAACCGCGACUUCAGACGAGAACAUCCUGCCAGAAUCGAAAAACCACCAUUACCACCACACAGAGACCAUUCUAAGUCCAAGAGUCCAGUAGAUCGCUACAGGGAGAAGAGUAGGAGAUUGGAGAAUAGAGAAGAGCGAGAUGAUCGCGGAAGGCCACCGAGGGAGACAAAAGACAGGGUGGAAAGGAGAGAUCGAAGUGGAGAGGAGAGGCGCGAGAGAGUGCGUAGAAGUGAGGAGCGUCCACGGGGACCGAAUAACGAUUAUCGUCCUAGAGAGCGGAAGAGCAGGUUUGCUGAUGUCGAUGACAAGAAGGAAUAUGACUGGGGAAAAGCGGAAGUGAAGAAAGAAGGGAGCAAAACUGAAGUUGAGAAGGAAAAACCCAAUUUCGGGCUCUCUGGCAAGCUGACUGCGGAUGCUAAUACAGUGAAUGGUGUAGUUAUUAAGUACUCCGAGCCUGAUGAUGCAAAACAACCAAAACGAAGGUGGAGAUUCUAUCCAUUUAAGGGCGACAAAGCAUUGCCCAUUUUGUACAUUCAUCGACAAUCCUGUUUCCUGAUCGGUCGAGACAAAAAAGUCGUGGACAUCCCGCUGGAUCAUCCUUCCAUCAGCAAGCAACAUGCAGCACUUCAGUACAGAGCCACGCCGUUCACCAGGCCCGACGGCUCUCAGGGCAGACGCGUUAGACCGUAUAUUAUCGAUCUUGAUUCUGCAAACGGAACCUUUGUGAAUAACAAGAAAAUUGAGCCACGACGUUACGUGGAAUUACUAGAACGUGAUGUCGUUAAAUUUGGUUUCUCGCAACGGGAGUAUGUGCUUCUGCAUGAGAACAGUAAAGAUGACGCACAAGACGAUGAUAACCAGGAACCGCCUGCUUUGGGAGCUGCCGUCACAACCACUGACCAGAUAAAACAAGAGAAACGCAUUAAGGAGGAAAUGGUAGCAGAUGGUGAAUGA